CACGAGGCUUCAACUUCUUCGGCUUCUCCGCCUUCCAUCAAAGUUCUUGUUUUGAUAUAUUUUGUUCUCAGAGUUCUAAUUGUUGCUGACAACAUGAUAUAUUCCACUGGACUCUUAUACCUCUCUACUUCUACGUAUUCACUGAUUUGUCCUUCCCAGAUAGCUUUCAAUGUUGUUUUCUCCUAUUUCAUCAAUUCUCAGAAGUUCACUACUUUGAUUAUAAACUCUACGGUGGUUCUCACUUCAUCUGCUUCCCUACUUGUUGCUAAUGAAGACUUAGAUGAACCAUGUAGUUUAUCCAAAGGGAAAUACAUUGUUGGUCGCCUUGUUACCCUUGGAGCUUCUGCACUUUACUCUCUUAUACUUUCCCUGAUGCAACUGUCCUUUGAGAAGGUUCUGGAAAAGGAAAUAUUUGUUGUUGUUUUGGAAAUGCAAAUAUACACAUUGCUCGUCACUACUUGUGCUUGCAUAAUAGGUCUAUUUGCGAGCGGGGAAUGGCGCGGUUUGCACGAAGAAAUGAAGGGUUUUCACAAGGGAGAAGCUUAUUAUAUGUGGACUUUGGUGUGGACCACAAUAGCCUGGCAGGUUUGUUCUGUUGGUGCUGUUGGCUUGACUUUCUCUGUAAUGUCAUUAUUCAAUAAUGUUUUGGACUAG